UGCGCUACCUGUGCGUGUUCCUCCAGAUCUCGCGAGAUGUGCCGGGCGCUCUCUGUCUGUGAGAGUUCAGCCAGCCGCCAUCACCGCGGCCGAGCACACACAACACAUCUGAGAGUACUGAUCCGACCCGGGACUGACAUCAGAACAGACAGACGGAUAGAGAGAGACAGACAGACAGAGACAGAGAGAGAGGGGGAAGAGGGGGACUCGGGUCUCGGGGAGAGGGAGAGUGAUAGUUUGAGUGUGAGAGAGAGAGAGGGGAGGUGUAGAGUAGAGUGUGGGGACCCGGAGAGAGGAGGAGAAGUUUGCAGGUGUCCCGCUGUAAACCUCCACACCCACCCCGCGGUUAAUGCUUCAGGAGGAUCUGCUCUCUCCCCGCAGCUAAACAUGUCUAAUCUCAACAAACCCGGAACCAAGAAGGACACCAAGAUGAGGAUACGAGCCUUUCCUAUGACCAUGGAUGAGAAGUACGUAAAUAACAUCUGGGACCUUCUGAAGAACGCCAUUCAGGAGAUCCAGAGGAAGAACAACAGCGGCCUGAGCUUCGAGGAGCUGUACAGGAACGCCUACACCAUGGUGCUGCACAAACACGGAGAGAAGCUGUACACUGGCCUGCGGGAGGUCGUCACAGAGCACCUCAUCAGUAAAGUACGAGAAGAUGUCCUCAUAUCAUUAAACAACAAUUUUCUACAGACGUUAAACCAAGCAUGGAAUGACCACCAGACAGCCAUGGUCAUGAUUCGAGACAUCUUAAUGUACAUGGACCGUGUGUACGUGCAGCAGAAUAACGUAGAGAAUGUGUAUAAUUUGGGCCUGAUCAUCUUCAGAGAUCAGGUGGUCCGGUACGGCUGCAUUAGAGACCACCUCCGCCAGACGCUGCUCAACAUGAUCGCCAGAGAAAGAAAGGGCGAGGUGGUGGACAGAGGAGCGAUAAGAAAUGCGUGUCAAAUGCUGAUGAUUCUAGGACUGGAGGGGCGCUCUGUGUAUGAAGAAGAUUUUGAAGCACCUUUCUUAGAAAUGUCUGCAGAGUUCUUUCAGAUGGAAAGUCAGAAGUUUCUUGCGGAGAACAGUGCCAGCGUGUACAUUAAGAAAGUGGAGGCUCGGAUAAACGAGGAGAUCGAGCGAGUGAUGCACUGCCUGGAUAAGUCCACAGAGGAGCCUAUCGUAAAGGUGGUGGAGAGAGAGCUCAUCUCUAAACACAUGAAGACCAUCGUGGAGAUGGAGAACUCCGGCCUGGUCCACAUGCUCAAAAACGGAAAGACAGAGGAUUUAGCUUGUAUGUAUAAGCUGUUCAGCAGAGUGCCAAACGGACUGAAGACGAUGUGUGAGUGUAUGAGUCUGUAUCUGAGAGAGCAGGGGAAAGCGCUCGUAUCUGAGGAGGGAGAGGGCAAGAACCCCGUCGACUACAUACAGGGUCUGCUGGACCUGAAAACACGAUUUGACCGCUUCCUUCAGGAGUCAUUUAGCAACGACCGGCUGUUUAAGCAGACCAUUGCUGGAGACUUUGAGUAUUUCCUAAACCUGAACUCCCGAUCGCCCGAAUACCUCUCACUGUUCAUCGACGACAAGCUAAAGAAAGGAGUUAAAGGGCUGACAGAGCAGGAGGUAGAGUACAUACUGGAUAAGGCCAUGGUGCUCUUCCGGUUCAUGCAGGAGAAGGAUGUAUUUGAGAGAUACUACAAACAGCAUCUGGCCAGGAGACUGCUGACCAACAAGAGCGUCUCAGACGACUCUGAGAAAAACAUGAUCUCCAAACUUAAGACGGAGUGCGGAUGUCAGUUCACCUCAAAACUGGAAGGCAUGUUUAAAGACAUGAGCAUCUCCAACACAACCAUGGACGAGUUCCGCCAGCACCUGCAGUCCACAGGGGUAUCUUUAGGUGGUGUUGAUCUUACUGUUAGAGUUUUGACUACAGGCUAUUGGCCUACACAGGCAGCCACGCCCAAAUGUAACAUCCCCCCUUCCCCAAGACACGCCUUUGAAGUUUUCAGAAGGUUUUACUUGGCCAAGCAUAGCGGCAGGCAGCUCACAUUGCAGCACCACAUGGGCUCAGCAGACCUCAACGCCACCUUCUACGGGCCUAUCAAAAAGGAGGACGGUUCUGAGGUGGGUGUAGGAGGAGCACAAGUAACAGGUUCUAACACAAGGAAGCACAUACUGCAGGUGUCCACCUUCCAGAUGACCAUACUCAUGCUCUUCAACAACAGAGAGAAGUGCGUGUUUGAGGAGAUCCAGCAGGAGACGGACAUCCCGGAGCGAGAGCUGGUGCGAGCCCUGCAGUCUCUAGCCUGCGGGAAAACAACGCAGCGGGUGCUGACAAAGGAGCCCAAGAGUAAAGAGAUCGAGAACGGACACAUGUUUACAGUCAACGACCAGUUUACCUCCAAACUGCACAGAGUCAAAAUCCAGACAGUUGCUGCUAAGCAAGGCGAGUCGGACCCAGAGAGAAAAGAGACACGGCAAAAAGUGGACGACGACCGAAAGCACGAAAUCGAGGCUGCCAUUGUACGCAUCAUGAAAUCUAGGAAGAAGAUGCAGCACAACGUUCUUGUAGCAGAGGUAACCCAGCAGCUGAGGGUGCGGUUCCUGCCCAGCCCUGUGGUGAUCAAAAAGCGCAUUGAAGGACUUAUAGAGAGAGAAUAUCUGGCACGGACGCCGGAGGAUCGUAAAGUCUACACCUACGUUGCGUAGACAGAAACAAGGAGAGGAUGAAAAAGAAGAAAAUGAAAGUAUAAAGACUGUUUGGUCGCAUGAACGGGGACGUUUAUUUUAAUAGGUGAAAAUCUGGAAAGUGGACUUUUUUUCCUCCAGAACAAAAAAAGAAUAAAACAACAAACCAAACCAACAGAACAGACAUAACACAAAAGAUCCGAAACAAACCACAAACAGAUACAAAUAAUAAAUCCAUUAUGUGUUGUAGAUUAUUUUAAUUAGGCCACCACUCCCACUCUCUCGUACGAAUCUCAGCCAUGGACGGAUCCGGCUUCAAGCUCUUCACUGGUUUAUCCUCGUAGAGAUCGACCCUCAAGAGAAAAGCAUCCCUUGGGAAAAUGUGAAUGCACCACACAUUUGUUUUACAAUAAUAUUAUGUAAAAAUAAGAAAGUGAAUUAUUAAAAACAUCAAAAAAAAAAAACAGCAAAAUGUUCAUUGCUGAAGAAAAAAAAUUCAAUAAAAAUGUUGAUAUUGAAA